AAAAAAAGUCUUUUUUCUUAUAUUUUAUACAUACGGCGUGUAAUAUAAGAAUAGAUAUAUUAUUUUGCUUGAAAAGCUUAUUCAUUAAAUGGCAUUUUUAACAUGAGUACAGACACAAAACUCAUUCUCAGCUUAGUAAAUAGAAUUGCUGUUAGACUACCAAGUAAUAAUGGCUCACAAUUUGACACAUUAGAAAGCGAUCCUUUAAUUCAGCAAACUGUUGCUGCAUUAAUUGAAUUAUCAAAAUAUAGACUACCAACUAUUGCAACAACAGUUGUAUCAGCAAUUGAAAAUGUAUCAAAGUCUCCAUUUCUAAGGAUAGAGGAUUCUCCUUCAAAAGACGUAUUACAAUCACAACUUUUUUUACUUCGAGUUUUAUCAGCAUGUAUGCAACAUCAUUGGAAAUAUUAUCAGGAUUUAAAUAACAAUACUUGUAAAAGUAACGAUAAUAAACGACCAUCUUUAAAUCGUAUGGAUGCAUCAUCUAACGUGACAUGGACUAUGCCAAAAGGCAUCUCACCUAUUCCUAUUGAUCCACCACCACUAGAGGACAAUCUUGCAAAGCAUAUCAUUUAUGUUAUGUCUCGUUUUAUCUUCCAAAUUAGUGUCCUUACAGAAUCUGAACAUAGAAUUAUUGUGAAUCAUUCUAUGAGCGCUUAUCCAGCUGAAGCUUAUACAAAUAUAAAUGGUCAAACAUCAUCUACACAGAUUAUUAUAGAUAUGUAUAAGGCAGCGAGUCAUGUCAUUGCCUAUGUAAGCGCAAGUAAUUGGUCAAUCACAUUUGCUAAAAUCAAAAACAGAAUUCUCUAUUUAACAACAACACAAGAAGAAAAUCCUGAAAUGACAGAUGCCAUGUUACUAGAAUGUGCUUCAUUAAAUUGUAAACGAUUAAGUAUGGUACUUACAGAAUUAUGCACUUCAAUUUUACACUUAAAAAAGCCAGCACAAUAUGCAUUAGCAACUAUUCUAAGAAGAGCAAUCUGGAAUUGGAUUGAAAAUUAUAAGGCUGAAUUUGCUCUUUUAUGUCAUAAUCAAACUCACAUUGAUGGAUCUCCUGAAGUUUUAUUUGAUAUAUUCAAUUCACUUGCAGACACAACAAAGCGAAAAGCUGUCUUUUGGCCUGUUCAAACUAUGUUACUCAUCCUUUGUCCUGACAUCAUUCUUUCAACUUCAGCAUCAAAUUCUAUACAAAUUAAAAAGGCUGCCUUUUUUAAUUCUCUUAGAAAAGCAAUGAAGAAUGACCGUAUAUGUGGAUUAGCUGCAAUUUGUUAUGUCGAUCUUUGUCGUGCAGCAUCUUAUGUACCAAAAGACAAUGUAAGAUCUAUUCGACAAUUAGUUCCGGAUGUUGAAAAUGAAUUGAUCGAUAAAUUAUUCAACAUACAUCGUUCUAUUGAUCUCGAGAUGUUAUCGAACAGCUUGGGUGUCUUGAUAGAUCGUCGAAGUCUAAUGGCAGAUUGCAUUGUUGCUAUGUUUCGACUAGAUACAGAGAGGACUGUGAACUCACUUAUUCCAACUUGCUUUGAUUAUGGUGCACCAACAAUUUUUAAAAUGAGUGUUGUUAAAGCAGCUGUUGCCAUUGCAUCAGAAGAGAACAGAUUAUCUUGGAUUCCCUCUAUUUCUGCAUUAUAUACACCAAUCUGUAGUCGACUUCGAAAGCUCUUUUUAGAGUUUUUCAAUCGCGAGUAUAAAGAGAAAUUUGAUGUGUCUAGUGCAUAUCAGACUACAAGUUCUCGAAAAGCAUUGUAUAACACUACUGAUAAACGUAUCGCGAAAAAGGAAACAAGAUCUGUACCAGUUCAUGAACGAUUUGAGUUGAUUUUAGAUGUAUUGAGAUUAUAUCAAACAGACCCUAAAUUAGCCAUUUUGGGGAAUGAAGAUAAUAGAUUUGAUCAAAAUGUAGCUCUCAUGGUAUCUAUUACUAAUUGUCUUCGUGAUCAAAACACCUGUGUUCGAGAUGCGGCUGCAGAAUGUUUAUAUAAACUGCAUGCACCAGAUUACAUUAUGUUGUGGGGAACGCCUGAUAAAUAUAUGGAAUCAUUUUGGAAAAUUUCAUCACAAGUGCUUUUUACAUUAGCUAAACAAUUAUUGGAUAGUCGAGAACGAGAGAAUGGACUUCGAAAACUACUUGAUCUUUUGAAAAGACUUUUGAUUUCCCGCAAUAAAUUUUUAGAACAGCAUCGUGAUGUAGCCAUGUAUGGCAUCGAUACAAGAGAACGAUUACAGGCAUCCAUUGGAUUAGAGGUUGCCCUUUUAGUGCUACUAUGUUCAUCUGAUCCAGAUAUUUGCACCCUUUCAAUUGAUUGUUUUGGUCUUCUUUGUACUGAAGUUCAUCUAACUGAACGAUUAGAUGACUCACAACCUUCUUCUAUCACCAUUGUCGAAAAUAUCGCUUGCUAUACUGAAUUAGCAAACAAUCCAGGAGUUAUUACGGGCCGUAAAUCACAGCAACGUCGUAUACGUCGACUCUUAAGGAUGGUUAACCAUAGCUCACCUGGUAUGUUAGCUGCUUGGGAAGAAGCCUGGAAACGAUGGAAAUUUAUGACGCCUAUAAUAGCUCGUGUACCUGAGGAAAGUAGAGAUGAUUCAAUGAUUGACUCCAAUCGAAAGGGUGGAGGAUCGAUAUGGCACGAUAAACUGAGAAACACGUCUUCAAGACAGACUUCUUUACCUGUCCUUAACCGUAUAGACUUUAUUGAUGAUGAUCGAUCAUCAGAAUGGCAAAAUUAUGCUGGGUUUCUUGCUGCUUUAGGAGGCGUUUGUUUAAUGACCGAAUCAUCUGUACCACCUUCACCUUCCUCCCAACGAUCACGAUCCAUCGAUACACUCACAAGUAAUAGCUCUCGACAUCUUACAGCUCCUAUCGAAUCAGCUACAAUGGUGGAUAAAUUUAUUAUGGAUAUGGUUGAAUUAUUAGCAUGUGAUAAUUUAAUUGUGCGUGAAUGGGUACGUGAAAUCUUGGGCAACGAUCUUUCUCCUACUCUCUAUCAUAUUCUAUUUCGACAUUUAGAAAACACUUUAAUGAAAUGUUUUGUACCUGAUAGUAUGGAUCCAAUUUGUAGCCCUCGUUAUACUUUAUUUGUCGAACAGGCUAUUUCAGUUCUUAAACAAGUUUUGGAUCGACUUGAUAAAUCAGAACACUUGUUUACUGUCGACUUUAGUACCUUGAUUAAUCAGUAUGCUUUAUAUUUAAACAAGUUGGGAAUAAAUCAGCUAUCAAUUAAAAUAAAGAUUAAAAUGUGCCAAUUAGUUGAUGUCUUGAUGAACAAGAAAGAAAGUGUAACGUUAAGACAGGAAUUUAAAUUAAGAAACAAAUUACUGGAAAUUAUAGUUGAAUGGACAAGUGAUUUCUCUCUGAAGCCAGAUAAUGUUAGUUCUUCAUCAAACUGUGAAUCAUCACAAUUAGAAAAAUUGCAAAACGAUUUAGAUUUAGCUUGUCUAAAGACAAUUGUCGCCCUUCUUCAUCAUUUACCUCUCCAACCUUCUGAGUCUGUUGUGGAAUCUGAUGCUCUCGCUAUCAAAAGUAGGAUGUUUUAUAAAUAUUUUACUUUCUUUUUUAAGCUUUUGAAUCGAUGCCGUGUAUCAGAAAUCGGAACCAAUCCACAAGUACUUGGUUACAAUUGUCAAUACAAAAGAUGUUCUGAAUUAACACCUCUAAAGAAUUACACUAUUUUAGCAUUAUCAAAUCUUUUGAGUGCUAACGUGGAUGCAGGUCUUAAGUAUUCAUUUUCAAUGGGUUAUCAUGAUGACACACGCACUAGAUCAGCAUUUAUGGAAGUAUUAACAAAUAUCCUAAACCAAGGAACUGAAUUUGACACCUUAGCAGAAACAGUGAUGACAGACCGAUAUGAAAAGUUGAUUGACAUACUUGUUCAAGAUGACUUGAAUAUUGCGCUUACAUUGUGUGAAGUGUGUGCUUCAUCUGAUAUUGAUGAUGUGGCAAAUGUUUUACUAGCAUGCUUUGCAUCUAGAAAUAAAACGAUGGUGUUGCUCAAAGCCGUUAUUGAAAAAGAAGUUGAAAAUACAGAAAAUGAAACAGAUUUAUUUAGAAAAACAAGUAUUGCAACUCGUUUACUAUCGGUUUAUGCUAAAAAUAAUGGAACUGAUUAUGUUCGCUCUGUCUUAUUGCCUGUCUUUCAAAAGUUAUCUGAACGUCCUCGUGAAGAAAAAUGUUUUGAAUUAGACCCAUCUAAAAUUGGACAUAAUGAAGAUGUAAAUAAGAAUAGACAAAAUGUCGUAGAAGUAACUGAAAUGUUUUUGGACGCUAUUUGUAACUCUGUCGAUAAAGCACCCUAUUCAUUUAGAGAAAUUUGUCACUUUAUCUUGAUAGCUGUUCGAGAGCAAUUUCCAGAAGCAAAAUAUACAGCAGUUGGCUCUUUUAUUUUCUUAAGAUUCUUUUGUCCAGCAAUCGUGUCUCCUGAAACAGAAGGACUGGUCAAGAAUACAGCCUCUAUCUCACGUGAAAUGCGUCGUGGUUUUUUGAUCGCUACCAAAGUGAUACAAAAUCUUGCUAAUAAUGUCUUAUUUGGAGCUAAAGAAACGUUUAUGAUUGUUUUGAAUGAUUUCUUAACAAGUAAUAUUUAUAAAGUGGCAAGCUUUCUUAGAGAGAUUUCUAAAGUACCAACUUCAAAGACAGUAACUGAAAGAACAGGUGGAGGAUCAGGAGAAGAAGGCAAUGAGGUACCUCAAUUGAAUGAAAAGCAAUAUGCUAUGUUGCAUCGAGUGCUUUAUGAUAAUAUUGAACGAGUAUCGCGUGAUGUUGCUGCACGAGGUGUGCGUAACUUUCAAGAUUCAGCAACACUCUGUGCGUGGAAACGAGAAUUUGAUAAGUUUGCUAACCUUCUUGCACAGCUUGGCCAACCACCUGAAGUGCCACAAAAGGAAUUGGCUGUAUCUCGUAGUUACGUCUAUGCAGCCUCUAAUCAACUUUAUGCGGACUUUAUGCGUAGAAAUAGUCGUCGUAGUGUAGAAGCGAUUGUAUCAAAAAAUAUAUUUUAUGAGGGCAGUACUUCAAAAGCUGGCAGACCUGUAUUCUAUCUCAUACUGCGCCAUAUCAAUGCAGAUAACAUUGAUUUUGAACUACUCAUUUAUCACGUCUUGCAGACUCUAGAACGUGCUGGAAACCGUCAUUAUGAGCUUGUCAUAGAUAUGUCACGCUUUUGUCGAUCGAAUGAAAUUCCUGCACAAUGGGUGCAUCAACUGUUACAACUCUUGAGUGAAGAUAAAUCAGACAAUAUUGCCAUCUGCCACAUAUUUAAUCCUAAUUCAAGUUUAAGAGCUUUUGUGAAAAAGCUUGCAAGACCAGUCUCUCACAAAUUUACAAAACGUAUUGUCUUUGCUGUUACAUUGGCUGAACUUUACGAAUAUAUUUCCCCGUCAGAGGUUAGACUUCCGAAAUCUACAAUUGGAUUUGAGACUGAUCCAAGUGCAGUCUUCUUCCCUGUGAAUAAAGUUUUGAAAUAUACAACGCAAAUACCUGUAACAAUGAAAAUUAGUGCGGAAUAUGUUCAAAUAAUGACGGUGCGGAAACAGGAAAUCUUUUAUGGACUGCAUGCAGUAACAAAUGACAUUUGCCAUAUCUCUGAAAUUGAAGAUAUUUCUAUGACACAACAUGAUCGAGCAACGGAGCAUAUAUUUGAAUUCAGUUACAGAUAUACUAGAGACAAUACAAUAAUGACAUUUAAUUCACCAAAGAGAGAAGCUAUUAUCAAUGCAAUUAAAAGUAGUAAACGUCGUUAUGAUAUGUCUCGUCCUAGUAAUAUAAGUGAGCGUACAAUUCAACCAAGUGAUGUUCCUGGACGGUUGCUUAAUAUGGCAUUACUUAACUUGGGCAGUAAUGAUCCUAAUCUUAGAUUAGCAUCAUAUAAUUUACUUUAUGCACUUAGUAGGGAGUUUAAUUUUGAUGUAGGAAAACAGCUUUUAGAUGCAAAAGAUCUGUGUUUACCUGCAAAUAGCACAGAAUUUAUUGUCAGUAUUAGUGAAAAGAUUGCAGCUACAGAACCAUCACUCACACUUGAAUUCUUAAAUGAGUGUAUUCUUGGAUAUAAUAAAUCAGAGCAAGGUCUACGCUACUUGUGUUUAUUAUAUAUGAUACCAUGGUUAUCCAAUCUAUCCUUAUAUUGUAGUCGGUCUCCUCAAGAUACAGCAAAAACAAAAGAAUUGUUAAGGCUUCUUAUUGAUCUGACUCUAACGGGAGAAAUAUCAAAAUUAGUUCAAGCUAAAAUUUGGAAAACAAUAGGCAAAAUAGAUGAUAUCCUUAAUUUAGUUAUUGAUACAUUUAUCCAAGUUUCUAAUGAAUAUGGGGUUGGAUCAGUUCAAGCUGAGGCAUUAGCAGAUACACUUGUCACAUUAUCUAGUGUCGUUGUUCGAUCUAAAUUAAUAUCCUUUCUGCGUAAAGUAAUUCAUCAUACAUCCUUCAAGCCAACUCGAUCUCUAAUAGAUCAUCCUUCUUGGCCAGAGAUUGCAAUCCUUGUUCGAUUUAUUCUUAUGUCAUCUUUUAAUAAUCGUGGCCCUGUUAAACUGAUUGUUCCUGAAUUAUUUCAUAUUAUAUCACUUAUUGCUGGUGUUGGAUGUACUGUCAUACGCGCCUCAGUUCAUGGUAUUACUGUAAACUUGAUUCAGUCACUUUGUACCUCUCUACCUUUGUCAGCAGCGAACGUAAAAAAGCUCCAACUUUUGUUAACAGAAUUAUCAGAGUCAAAGAGUCGUCUCUUGUUUGGCCUUAAUCGAUCAAAUGCAAAUGCAUUUGUAAUUAUGCCUGAAACUUUAAAUGAUUCAAAGGAGCCAAUCUCUUUGUUGUCUCUAGAAAUUAUUGUAAGUAAAUUGCUAGAAACAAUCAAAUAUGCAGCACCAAAUACAGAUAUUGCCAAUUAUUGGAGAGCAAGGUGGAUGAGUUUAGUGGCAAGCACGGCGUUCCAAUUCAACCCAUCUGUACAGCCUCGUGCAUUUGUUGUAUUGGGGUACUUGGGACGAGAAGAGAUUGAUGACGACUUGCUUUAUCAAAUAUUAGUAGCCUUACGUGGUGCAUUAGCGAUUUUUAAUGAUUCUGAUCCUAACUUGGUUACAAGUAUUAUGAUGUGCUUAAAGAAUGUGGUUGAAAGCCUUCCUAGUGACUCACGUUAUCUAUUACAGUUGUUCUGGGUAGCAGUUGCACUUGUCGAAAUUAAUACAGGACCUACCUUUGCUAUGGCUAUUGAACUGAUCCAAGCUGUUGUCCGUGCUUUAGAUUCUAAUGGAUUUUUUACAGAUGAUACAAUGGUAGAUGUCUUGUUAGCGGCCCGAGAACCAAUUGCAGAUGUUGCACGAGAACUUGACCACCUUUGUGGUGUUAACUUUGAUAAUCAUUUCUCGUUUGCAAUUGCAAGCAUUUUUAUGAAGGGUCUUCGAUACAGUAAUGUAAAAGAUUCAAUUUAUCAUGGUUUACACACCUUUUUGGAUAUUGAACGUAAACAGUACAUCUAUGAUGGUUUAUCAGGUGAAAACAGCAUUAUUGAGGCUUCUACUUUAGGCUAUGUAACUGGUCUACUUCCUUUAGCGGCAAAGAAUGAAAAAGUGAAAGAAUUAUUGAAAUCAGCAGGCUUGACAGAGGCAGAUAUUGAUAGUCAUAAUACAAUGAAUGAAAAAGCUUAUUCUGGUAUUUUCGAUAAAUUUGAUAUACCUGAUAAUACGACAGCUUUACUUUUAAUUUCAUUACUGGCUACAAUGCUAAAUGCAGCCGAUAAUGAAUCUGAACGAUUGUUUAUUUAUGGUCUUUUAUCCGAAGCUGCAGUAGCUAUUCCUGAAGUAUUUGCGCUUGUGUAUGAUUCCUUAUUACCAAAAAUGAACCAGAUUGUAAUCAGUAGUCAAACACAACUUAUUAUUGAAGCAGUAAAAUCUAUUUUACUUACAGCUUGUUCAGAUCCUGUUUUCAUGGAAUCCAAAAAUGGAACUUCACAAAGAAAGUUGCUCGAUAAGCUAGGGUUUUCUGCUUUAGGUGAUCCCACUUUUGGUGCUACAAACUCAAAUAUUUUACAGAAUACCAAACUUGCUAGUGAAUUAAUGGAACGUAUUAUAUCCUGUUAAAAAAAAAAAA